CUGCUUAUGUCUGCGGGCGGGCAGACAUAAGGGUUAAAGACUGUUUGUUUUUUAAAAAAAAGAAGACCUGAAAAGGGCUUUUAUUAGCUUAAAAAAAGCACAUAUCUAAUAUCUUCAGAAACCACCAGAUCUUCACAUAUACGCUCCCUAGACACACGCUCCCCACACGACUCCUUCACUUCUCCUCCUGCUGUCACAGAUCGCCGCCACAGAUCGCCGGCUCCCACCGUCACCGAUCAAACUUCCACAGAUGGAAACUAAUGAUGGUCGACAACAAUGGACGCAUGAGGCUAUCAAAUGCAUGUUAGAAAUAUGUCUUGAAGAAAUAGGGAGAGUAGGUAGAAAUGGACAAAGCUUGCGUAGAGAGUCUUGGGGUAGGGUAGGAGCGAAACUUAAGGAAGAGUUUGGAUUUGUUUUGAAUGAAAAGCAAAUUAGAAAUGCUUUUGAUACCAUGAAAUCAAAAUACGUAGGAUGGUGCUAUUUGAGAAACAAGACUGGAAAUCUCUACAACCCACAAACAAAUAUGUUCACUUUAACGCCUCAAGAAUGGGAUGACUUUAAGAAGGGUCACCCAAGGGCAAUGUCAUUGAGAACACGACCAUUGCCUCAUCCUGACCUUUUCAUAGCUGUGUUUGAAGGCCUUAGUGCAACUGGUGGUAAUCAAUGGACAUCCACCCAAACAUCUGGGGUUUCAUCAUCCACACAAGUCCAAACACUUCAGAUAGAAGGUGCUAGUGUUCAUUUAGAAGAUGAUGAUGGAGACUCUCAUGAACAAAGUUUUCCAAUGGGUGAUGAAGAUCCUAUCAAUAAUGAGGGACCUAGUGUUCAACCCAAUGAUGAUUCAGAAGUUAGGCCCAAGAAAAAGGCUAAAACAUCUAAAAACUCCAUUACCCUAGAUGACUUGGCUAGUGAUAUGCGUGAUGCACUUAAGCAUAUGGUGAAAAACAUGGAAGGACCAUCGAUUGAUGAAUGUUAUGAAAAGUUGAAAUCAGUUGGGUUAGAGCCUAUAGAUCCCUUGUUUUUGGGAGCAUUUAACAUCUUUGGUCAGUCAACAUACAUGAGACAAGCAUGGAUGACAUUGCCAUCAGACCCUGAGGUGUUGAAAGAGUGGAUUAAAAUGACUGGGACGACACUUGGGAUGUUCAAGUAG